GCAGUGCUACUACUUCCCAUGGUUUUGACCCCAUGUUGGCAUGCUUUGGUCAAUCGUAUUGAGCGCCAAGUGAAGAACAACUUGAGCUCACAGGCCGAGUUCCCUUCUUCCGUGUUGCAAUCUGAAUUUGCGAACAAAGCAGAGUUUUUACGUCCGUUGAAUUCAUCUGCAACGAACUUAGCAAGAUUUCUGGGUUCUUCCGUCGGUGAAGCUGCACUUUCAUUCUCUGAGAUUGAGACUAGGAUGGCUCCUGUGCUGUUUCAAGCAUUCUCUACAAUUCCAUAUUUAUCUCAAAUCUCUUAUAUUGGAUCGGACGGUUUAUUUUUCUCAUACUACACCGACGGCAGUCAAACUCUUUCCAUGUACUCCAACUCCUCCUCAUUUCUGCUUGAUUCAAGUACUGCUCCAAACGUUGGAAAUAACUACGUUUGGUACGUGCAAUCUGUGAACAAUGAGACAGGAAAGUUACAUGGAGAAGCCAUUGAAGUCCCUCCCUUGAACAUGAAAAGCAAAAGCUGGUUUCAAGAAGCCUUGAAUAGUACUCGUGGAUAUGCCUCGUUGGAAACUGGAUUGAACAGUGCCCAAGUUCCUGUGUUCCUUAACUCAGCCAGAAUCAAUGGAGGAUCAGUUCUCUCGCUAGGGUUUCCGGUAAAAGCAUUGACUUCCAUUUUCACUGAUAUAGAUCUUCGAGGCGGGAGAUUGGAUAUUUUGGCUAUCCAAGAUGGGAAAGUGCUGUUCCAAGGGAUCCCAAACAGUCAUCUGGUCCUUUCCGGUAACGUGGUUUCAUUCCAAUUGAUGAAACCAAAUGGGGAUCGAAUGGGCAUUGGGAACAUUUCCUGCAACGUAAAAGAUGGCACGCCAAGAGCUUCUACUUUGAAUAUUCAGGAAACUGAAUACACUUUUUAUUGUUUGCCUCUUGAUAUAGUGGGAGUGCAAUCGGUCUCAGUGUUGGCUUCCCCCCAAAAUGGAUUAGUCAGGCUUGUCCACAAGAGCAGGAAAGUGGCGAUGUUGCUCCUUAUAGUUCUGAUCGUUACAUUGGUUAUUUUCCUCUUAAGUUUUGUGUUUACAAUCGUUAGAGCUGCCAAACGAGAGAUGCAUUUGUGUGCUAACCUCAUAAAACAGAUGGAAGCAACUCAAAAAGCAGAGAGGAAAAGUAUGAAUAAGAUCCUUGCCUUUGCUAGUGCCAGCCAUGAUGUUCGUGCUGCACUAGCAGGCAUUACUGGUUUGAUAGAGAUGUGCUAUGAUGAUGUCGCCCCUGGUUCUGAAUUGGAUACAAAUUUAAGACAAAUGGAUACUUGUGCAAAUGACCUUCUAGGUAUUUUGAAUUCUAUUCUCGACACAAGCAAAAUUGAAGCAGGCAAGAUGCCGCUUGACGAAGAGGAAUUUGACUUGGAAAAACUUCUUGAGGAUGUAGCUGAUUUAUAUCAUCCAGUCGGUAUCAGAAAAGGAGUAGAUGUGGUAUUGGAUCCUUGUGAUGGUUCCACCAAAAGAUUUUCCCAAGUGAAAGGUGACAGGGGAAAACUCAAACAGAUACUGUGUAAUUUACUAAGCAAUGCAGUUAAAUUUACUUCUGAGGGGCAUGUAACCAUUCGAGCUUGGGUUAGGAAACCCAGUUUGCAGAAUUCAACCAAUGCUUCUAAACGGAACUGCUUGCCUUGCUUUUUUUACAAGAACAGUCAGGGAUAUAAUGACCUUGAAGCCGUGAAUACAGCGGAAUACGAUCCAAAUACCAUGGAAUUUGUAUUUGAGGUAGAUGACACAGGCAAAGGAAUUCCCAAAGAAAAGCAGCAUUCAGUAUUCGAAAAUUACGUUCAGGUCAAAGAAACGGCUCUUGGAGAAGAAGGCACUGGCUUAGGACUCGGCAUUGUUCAGUCUCUGGUACGUCUGAUGCAUGGAGAUAUUGGAAUUGUGGACAAGAAUGUUGGGGAGAAGGGAACUUGCUUUAGAUUCAAUGUUUUGCUCACUAUAAGUGAAACAGCCUCUUCUGAUAAUGCACAAGCAGAAGACCUUGAAAUGGGAGGCGUCACAUAUCUAUCAGGUUCAAUCAGUCCAGCCCCAAGUCCUCGGAUGACUCCUAGGAUGACUCUCAGAACUCCAAGUCCAAAAUCGACAGUUCUCACCUCUAGCCCCAAUAUGAAGGCAUCUAAUGUUGUUCUCUUGAUUCAAAGUAAGGGGCGUCGGAGGAUGUUGCGAAGAUUCAUGUCGAACUUAGGCAUGAAAGUAUCAGUUGUCAAGCAAUGGGAUCAUCUUUCUUCUAGUCUCGAGAAGAUAAAAAACAGGCAAAGCCCUUCACAUCACUACGCGAUAAAAUCAGAUUUGAGUUCUCCAAGUGACAACUUAAGCAGGUCUGCUUCUAAUGACUCCAUUGCUGCAGAAAAGGAUGUGCCUUGGAGCACAACGGGUGGGUCAGACUAUAUACCAUCAAUCUUCAAAAGGACUAAUCUUAGUUUAGCAUCAAACUUCAUUCUAACUGUGAUUGAUGCCAGUGCUGGACCACUGCCAGAAAUAUGUAGGAUUGUGGCCGAGUUCAGGAGAGGUCUUCACAAUACUUGUUGCAAGGUUGUCUGGUUGGACAAACCAAUGAUGCGUAGCUUCAAUUUAAAAAGAAAUGAUGAGGACAUUAUGAUCGAUCCAAAUGAUAUUAUAAUAUCUAAACCAUUUCAUGGUUCCCGUUUGUAUGAAGUGGUAGGACUUCUUCCUGAGUUUGGCGGUAAAAUGUCACAAGCUGGAAAAUUGCCUGGAGAGCCCAGUUCAUCAAGGACUCAGUUUUAUUCAGAGAAUUCUCCGUCUCCCAGAGACUUGUCUCGACGAGUAGAGUUACAAGACCAUCAUAGCAGCAGUGAGAUUCAAGGGAUAGCAGUCUUGUCACAGACGGAAAAUAGAUUCAAUGUUUGGCCCAAGUCAAGACGUCAUCGGAGUCAUGGAAAUCCACCAAGAGAGCAAGAAAUACAAGAAUGCGGUGACCCAAGUAAUGAGUUGUUAUUGAGUGGAAAGAAAAUCUUGGUUGUAGAGGACAGUGCACUGAUACGCAGGUUGACUGUCUCCCAACUUGUAAAGCUCGGUGCAACUGUUGAAGUCUGUGAAAAUGGGCAAGAAGCCUUAGAGCUGGUUUCCAAAUGUUUAAACGAUCAAAGGAAAGCUGGAGCUUCUGUGACUCUUCCAUAUGAUUACAUAUUAAUGGACUGUGAGAUGCCUAUCCUGAAUGGGUAUAAAGCAACUGAGGAAAUAAGGAAAAUGGAGAAGCAUUUCGGUGUCCAUACUCCAAUCAUUGCAUUAACUGCUCAUACUGAUGAGGAAGCAAGAAAGACAAUUGAGGCUGGAAUGGAUGUUUAUAUAGGCAAACCGCUGAAAAGGGAACAUCUCUUGGAAGCCAUUAGAUACCUAGAAAAUAAAUGAAGUAGUAGUACUGUAUCAGGAUUUCUUACCAUUUUUUAGUCUAAUACUUUCUACAAUUCGGAGAGAUAUAGAUAUAGUUUGUGGAUCCUAUUGUGUAUUAAAACUGCACGGUGCAUAGGUCCACAUCCUAUGUUUAUCUCUCUCUGAAUUGCUGAAAAUAUUUGGAUAAGAAAAUUAUAGAAAUCUUGACCGGUUUGUUAAUAUGCUAUAAUGGCAACUCUUCAUAAACAUACAUGGCCCCCGGAAAUUUAAGGGAAUGGCCCUUACAAUAAAAUGCAUGAAUAAUAAGACCUGUCUUUUUAUGUUGACCUUCAUUUCAUCACAUCAAGUUAAAAAGCAUCAAAGUUGAAAUCUUGAUAUCAUAGAAAUAACUUGUGUUAGAUGCAGAAGUACUUCAUCAAUUUGCCAAGGAUCUCAACCAG